AUGGCUCCGAAGGACAAGUACCUUUGCCCCACUUUCAUCAACCCUCCAAGUCUGGCCGAUCCGGAGUUCUAUUCUCACGCCGUGUCUGUUGACGGGCCUGCACGUUUGGUAUUUACGUCGGGCCAAGUUGGAGGCCGUAAGGAUGGAACAUUUCCCGACUCAUUCAAGGAACAAGUUGAACAAGCUUUCAAAAAUCUUGAGGAAGUUCUUCACGCUUCCGGUGCCCAGAUUCGGGACGUGAUAAAACUGAAAUGGUUUUGUGUGAACUGGAAAGCAGACCAAAGUUUCCAAGACCUGCUCAAGUUAACAUUUGCAUUUCUCACGGACCACAACGGCGGCGAUUGGAGGGUCAAGGAAUCAUUUCACCCCUCGCCAAAUCCUGCAGAGCUUCGUCUGCCUUCGUUGAAGGCCGACGUCGUUAUCGUUGGUGCAGGAUUUAGCGGCUUGCAGACUGCGUAUGACUUACACCAGGCCGGUCACAAGGUUCUUGUCCUUGAAGCCAAGAAGAGGGUUGGCGGCAGAAGCUGGACAAUUCCUUUGAAAAGUGGAAAAGGAAGAGUCGAGCUAGGUGCGACUUGGAUCAACCAAAAAACCCAACGAAAGGUCUACGGACUCGCAAAGCAAUUUGGGCUUGAUACUGUAGAGCAGUAUGCGGAAGGGCUUGCAGUUUACCAAGAUACCAACGGGCACGUCUUUCGCACUGAUGCAACUUCUGUUCCCGAGGAUAAAACUUCACCAGCGAUUCCUGGCAAGAAUUUCAAUCUUCAGCAGAUGUUCCAGCAGGUCGAACUGUUACAGAAGGAAGUUGAUCUCAGGAAGACAAGCAAAUUUCCAGUCUCGAUCGAUGUGUCUGUUGAGACUUGGAUCAAACAGAACCAGUUCACGCCAUUUGCUGCCGACUAUCUGCGAGCUUUUGUGAGGGGCAUAGUGUGCCGUGAACCAGAAGACGUGGGAAUCCACUACGCACUUGAUUAUAUUAAGUCUGGUACAUCUGCUAUUGCUGAAGGCCUAGCAAAUGCACUGCCUCCCGGCUUUGUCAUGCUUAAUACCCCUGUCGACAGAAUCGAGCAAUAUGGGCGCAGUGUUACACUUGGUACUACGAAUGGACUUACUGUGGAAACAAAGAAAGUAGUCAUUGCUAUUCCGACACACGUCUACCAGAAAAUCCAUUUCUCCCCUCCAUUGCCGUACGAAAAGCGAGCCAUCGUCUCAAGAACGAAGCCCGGCCACCUUGCCAAAGUCAUCGUGACAUACGCACGACCGUGGUGGAGAGAGAUUGGCUUGGUAGGCAUUUUCCAAAGCUUUACAGGCCCAAUCAAUCUAUCAUGGGAAGUCUCAGACUUCGCCAACAAACAGUACUCCUUGGCCUUGUUCUUGUGCGGAGACGCAGAGAGCAAAUGGGAGAAGCUAUCUUCGCUCCACCGAGAGGAGGCUUUAAUCAACCACCUGGUGGAGCUGGUGGGACCGGAACAUGGGCAUCUAGCCAAGGAUGUCCUCGAGAUCAAUGAACAAAUUUGGACGCAGGAGGAGUACAUUGAAGGGGCCCCUACGUCGGCCAUUGGGCCAGGGGACCUGUCGCGCUAUGGAAAUGCGUUGAGGGCACCUUUCCAAAAUCUCUUCUUUGGGGGUGGAGAAACCGCAUUUGAAUGGAAGGGGUACAUGGAGGGUGCCUUGAGAGCGGGUUCUCGUGUGGCGGACGAGGUUAAUGAUGCUCUUUCGGCAGCCUCUAAUAGCAAGCUUUGA